AUGGCGCGCGACGAGGACGUGGAACGAAAUUCCCUGAAGGGAGACGAGCGGACGCCACUCUUGCGGGAAAUCCCACCCGUAGCCAUUGAGGAGGAAGAGGACGAUCACCAGUCGGGCCCCGCGUCGCGAAACAGCAGAGCUCGGGAUAAUGAGCACGACGAGUCUUCGCUGCUCGAGCCGCCGCCGCGACGGCCCCGUACCAAAGGCUGGUGGGCGUGGCGAAUUUUCUGGUUCGUCGCGGCGGCUCUGGUGCUUGCACUGUUCAUCAAGGGGUGGAUAGAUGCUGAUGAUACCAACUUCGACCUCUCAAAGGCACUCAAGCGGGCUCUUGGCGGAGGAUUGAGCGGUGCUGCCGCCAUGGUGCUCCAAGUACUGCUGCUCAUGCCUUUGCGUACCAUUAUGAACUACCAAUAUCGUCAUGGACAUUCGUUCCCCGUGGCAACCAAAACGCUAUACCAUGAGGGAGGGUUCCGACGAUACUAUGCCGGUCUUCUACCAGCACUUGUUCAAGGGCCUGUAUCACGUUUCGGCGAUACCGCCGCCAACGCGGGCAUCCUUGCUCUACUGCAGUCCAACUCUUAUCUGGCUCGUAUGCCUACGCUGGUCCAGACCAUUUUCGCAUCUCUGUGUGCCGCUGCAUUUCGCAUGAUUCUGACUCCUAUCGAUACCUUGAAGACAACAUUGCAAGCACAAGGUUCUCGGGGUACGGCUCUCUUGCGUCAACGUGUCAAGACGGAUGGCAUUGGAAGUUUGUGGUGGGGUGCCUUCGCCACGGCUGCAGCCACAUUUGUAGGGCAUUAUCCUUGGUUCGCGACGUACAAUUUCCUCACCGACUUCAUCACGCAACCGCCAAAGGAUCAAUUGGCAUUAUACCUGCUGCGUUUGGCAUUCAUCGGCUUCUGUGCCUCGGUAGUUUCCGAUACCAUUUCAAACUCACUAAGGGUUGUCAAGACGUACCGACAGGUCAACGACACAGAGGUCUCGUAUUCCGAAGCUGCCAAAUUGGUCAUUCAGCAAGACGGUAUCUCCGGCCUUUUCGGGCGCGGCCUACCCACCCGUAUCCUUGCCAAUGGCUUGCAAGGGAUACUGUUUUCGAUUCUUUGGAAGUUGUUCCUGGAUCUCUGGGAAAAACACACUAGCUCUUGA